AUGAUCAUCAAGUUCAUUUGGCAUAACAUUCUCUAUCGAUUCGGCAUCCCUCGUCGGCUCAUCUCGGAUAAUGGGAGGCAGUUCACAGGGGGUAACUGGGUCGAUCAACUCUCAAGUGUCUUGUGGGCACUCCGUGUGACUCCAAAGGAGGCGACCAGCUUAACACUAUUCCAGUUAGUGUACAGAGGAGAAGCUGUGAUUCUUGUAGAGGUAGGAGUGGAAUCCGACUGGAUGCGACUCUACGACGAGGAAAACGGCGAGCGAAGAUUAAUGGAACUCGACCUGGUGGAUGAGGUGCGGGAUAUAGCAGCUAUUCGGUUAAUGGCCUAUCGACAGCGGAUGAGGCAUAAUUACAACAGAAGGGUGAUCCUGAGGUCCUUCCAAGUUGGUGAUCUGGUGUGA